UGCGUGUGUGUGUGCGGGAGGAGGGCGGGCAGGGCUGCGGCGACGUGCCCGCUCAUGCCGCCGCCGCCGCGGGCGGGACUCGCCGGGCGGGGGCUCGGCGGGGAAGGGGCCGGGGCGCGGCGGGCACCCUAUUGGCUCUCCCCGGCGGCACAUGUCGCCGGCCCCGGCUAUAAAGGUGCUGCGGCGCCGCUGCAGCCCGUUCUCCUACCUCUGCGCUUCGUUAGGGUCACUGCGAGUCCCAGCGCCGCCGCCGCCAUGGCCAUCGAUGCGUUUUUAGGCAAAUGGUGCCUCAUCUCCAGCGAGGGCUUCGAGGAGUAUAUGAAGGAGCUGGGUGUGGGUAUGGCCAUGAGGAAAAUGGGGAGCAUGGCCAAACCAGAUGUUUACAUUGUUAAGGAUGGAGACACAAUCACUGUCAAAACAGAAAGCACCUUCAAAACUUCACAGUUCAGCUUCAAGCUUGGUGAGAAAUUUGAGGAAAGCACAUUAGAUGGCAGGAAAACUCAGACACUUAUCAGCUUAAAAGAUGAUGGGUCAUUGAUUCAGGAGCAGGAAUGGGAUGGCAAGAAGACCAUAAUAACACGGAAACUAGUGGAUGGACAACUGGUGGUGGAAUGUGACAUGAAUGGUGUCAAGUGUGUUAGAGUCUACCAGAAAGCGUGAGCACAGCAUCGUGUUCAGUAGGAACUUGCUGCAAAGAACUCAGUUCAGUGGACAGAGCUCCUCUACACUCCAUGUUUUCCUUUUCCCUGUUUUGUAGUAUUUCAAUGGACUGAGUAGCUGAGUGCAAUCCUUUUUAAAAGCGGUGAUGUAACUAUCCUGAACUUACGAGGCUAUUAAAUAAAAUGUCAAAUACAUGAAGUGGGAAUGUUGUUACUGUAGUGGAAUUGCAAAGUGAGGUUUUAUAAAAACUUAGUUGGGUUUUAGGCUCUACUGCAAACUGCCUUCAGAUCAAGAUAAUGCCAUACAUGGCAAUGAACAGCUGAUUCAGCAAGCUGAAUUUUGACCAGCAUCCUUAACUGCUAAGGUAGGAAGAGCUGAAGCAGAAAAAGUAUUCAGAUUCCAGGCUCUCGAGCUGUCUCUAAAUCACAUCUUACAAAGUAAAUAGAAUGGGGUGGGUAUGAAUAAGAGAGAAGCUUUGUUGGUGUUUAAGUAGGGGAACGUAUUUUCAGAGCUUAGCUUGGGUUUUCCUGCUUCAAACCCACAAAUUCCUUACCUGAAAAACUAUAUGCUGGUGAGCCAAUGAACAGGAUGAACCUAAGCAAACAUGUACCUGCUUUACCAAAAGGAAGCCUUAUUUUGAGAAGACUCUUUGUUUACCUAGCAAAAUUCUUCCUGUCUAGCAGCACUCUAAAAAUUCUUAACUAAGAUUUCUGAAUUACUGCCUAAAACAUAAAACCUCAUUUUAUUAUUUUUUAUUUUGAUUUUUAAACUGGCUUGAAGCACCUAGAAAUGGAGUUUAUAUGCUUUUAAGUGCCAUAAUAAAUAAUCAGA